CUACUGUGCACUACGUCAACAUUUUCAGGCAAGUUCCUGCCAUAAUCCCAAGACCUCCUUCCUGCAAGAUCCUCCUGCUUCUGGUUGGAGUCCAUUGCUUCAUUUAUAAGUUCCUUACUGAUGCUUCCAAAAAUGCCACAUCCUCCAUGGAUGAAGACGACUCCUCUCCGUUUGCUUGCAGAUGGUCUUCUUGGGAGGAGUUCCUGACGUCACAGAGGCAUCUCCAAAUUCAGGGGAAACAGUCAUGAAGGAGAAGAGGGAAUUUGUGUUUACCUCUAGAUGGCUUCCCAGGAUAGUGCAUCUGGCUCCAGACCUGAGUGAACGUGUGGACUGGAUUAAUUUUGAUGAAUCCUAGUGAUACCUGCACAUAUAAACCCAGAUUUCUUUCCAGUCCAGCUGUGAAGACAACACUCUUUCCAGUUCAAAAGCAAGGAAGCUGUUUUACCUGCGUGUGACAAUCCCGGAGGACACCGAUCAAGAAACAGGGCAGCGACUUGAUCUUCUGCACUACUUCACUCCUACCCCCAUUUUUUUUUAGGGGGGGAGAAGGAUUUUCCAGUCCGAGAACCUCUUGCCCCCAAGUUUUGGAAGGGGGUUGAAGACUCGUCACCCAUUUGGGGGUGCAUGAAGGGUAUUGCUUUGCUUUCUCUGUCACCUUGGUUUUGUGGAGGUUUGGAAGAGAACUUUGCCUGGCAGAAGAGGAUGAUGUGGAAGUGGCUGGGCGCCCUGCUGCUGUUCCCGGUGCAGAUGGUGUAUCUGGUGGUGAAAGCUGCCGUGUGCCUGGUGCUGCCACCCAAGCUGCGAGACCUGUCCCGGGAGAACGUGCUGGUCACCGGCGGGGGCCGCGGCAUCGGCCGGCACCUGGCCCGGGAAUUCGCCAGGAGAGGAGUCAAGAAGAUCAUCCUGUGGGGUCGGACUGAGAAAUGCCUGAAGGAGACCACGGAGGAGAUCAGGAUGAUGGGGACAGAGUGCCACUACUUCAUCUGUGAUGUAGGAAAUCGGGAGGAAGUCUAUCGGCAAGCCAAGGCCGUGCGGGAAAAGGUGGGUGACAUCACCAUCCUGGUGAACAAUGCUGCUGUGGUCCAUGGGAAGAGCCUGAUGGACAGCGACGAUGAUGCACUGCUGAAAUCCCAGCACAUAAACACCCUGGGACAGUUCUGGACCACCAAAGCAUUCCUGCCAAGGAUGCUGGAGCUGCAGAAUGGGCACAUUGUUUGCCUGAACUCUGUCCUGGCCUUGUCAGCCAUCCCUGGUGCCAUUGACUAUUGCACCUCCAAAGCCUCAUCCUUUGCUUUCAUGGAGAGCCUGACCCUGGGGCUGCUGGACUGUCCUGGAGUGAAUGCCACCACAGUCCUGCCCUUCCACACCAGCACAGAGAUGUUCCAGGGCAUGAGAAUCAGGUUCCCUAGUCUUUUUCCUCCUCUCAAGCCAGAGACAGUGGCGAGGAGGACGGUAGAAGCUGUUCAGAUGAAUCAAGCCUUCCUCCUCCUUCCAUGGACAAUGCAUGUUCUUGUUAUCCUAAAAAGCAUUCUCCCCCAGGCAGCACUUGAAGAAAUCCACAAGUUUUCUGGGAGCUACACCUGCAUGAACACUUUCAAAGGACGAACAUAGACCUGAUGGCACAAGGACUGUUCUGCAGUGAACCCAGCACAAGCAUGAAAAUCCUACAGGACUGUGAAUCAGCAAAUCUUGGCUUUCAGCCUGUUCAUGUGACUUGUGCUGCUCUGAGGCAACACAUUUCUUACAGGUCAUAUCCAUAGUAACAUGACCUUUGCACAGGAUUGAGUGAGUGGACUAUGGACCCUUGGAAAGAAAACCAGAAAGUGUGAAAUGUUUCUAUGCUGUUUAAUUCUUUAGAGUUCAACUGUUAAAUCUACUGGUAGUUUUGAUGUGAUUUUUGUUUCUUAAGUGUCCGUGGGCUGUCUCAGUGGAGGGGCAGCACAUCCCAUCCCAUCCCAAGCACACUUUGUGCCCUCUCUCCAGAGGAACUGCCACUGGUUUCAUUGCAGCUUUUUGAAUGGGGAACUUCACAAUUACUUUAAAGAGCUAAAAGAUACGGACAUUUAAUGGAUGCUUCCUUCUCUUUCUUCACUUUCCAUCCCUUGAUGAAGCUGUCCCCAGCACACACUGGGGCAGGAGCAAACCAUGAAGCAAUGUUCUCUUUGCUAAAGGCCACCCAGGAUUUCUCUUUCUGGGCCCCAAAAAGCUGUUGUACUUCCUCAGUGGAGGCUGGUCAGGAAGGCUCAGGCAGCAGAGCUGAGAGUUUAAAUAGUGGAAGAAUCUUUCUGUCACUGAAUUAAUAUGUGAAGUUGUCAUUCUGAUUUUUUUUCUGUUCAUUUAUGAUAAAAUAUAAAUAUAUUUUUAGCAUUAAUCCCAGAUUGCCACACAUGUAGGCAGCAGCACAUUGGGGAUGAACUAAAUCUAGAAGUGAAACUAGAGCCUGCUUGUACAAACAUAGAUUCACUGACAUAAUCCAUGGAGAGGAAAAUCCAUUGUAUCAAUCUGCACAGUGAAGUGGAAUAAUGCUGUAAGAGACAGAACUGUCAUGCUCACAAGAUGUGAAAUUUGGGAGCACAUUUAGCAAAGACCUGAUUAAAUGCAUUUUGAAUUCAUCUGGGAAUAAACCCAAUGUGCUUUAGGGACAUUGAAUCAGGCACUGAUCAGCCAGAAGUGAUAAAUAUACUUGGACUGAGGUGCCAGAAGCAGCUAGACAUUAUUUAUUUUUGUAAUGAAAUAUUCUCUUUGACAGCCUAGGAAGGGCAACACUGCAUUCCUGUGCAAAAUGCAGUGAGCAGCACAUUGGAGCACUACUAACAGAGGAAUUCAUAUAAUUGCAGUACAGGAAGUAGCAAGUCUAACUGGAGACACCUGAAUGAAGUGCCUUGAGGAUGGAUGUGUGAUAAAAGGAGUGAAUUUAGGGCUUCUGACUCAAAUUUUGAGCUUUUCCAUAGAUGUCCUGUGUGGCUUGGAGCAAAAUGCAUCAUCUGAAAGAGCACCCUGGCCUGCAAAGCAGAUAUUUCUAGUGUUUCCCUACCUCAGAAUUGCAAGUCUGACUACCUAAAUGUCUGUCGAAAGUUCAGCAAAUUCAAAUGCAGUGUGUUAUAGAAAGGAAAAGCAGUAUUUGUUCAUAGACCAAGAGGUUCUAUACAAAAAUUUAGGUGAGGAAAAACCCCAUAUGCCAAAAUACAUCAUCUCCUAAAAGACAUCUGAGCAGAAAAGCUGUGAGCUUUGUUUAAAAUACUCCUUUGGUUCUGCCACAUUGAAUGGAGACCUGCUACUGAGGUGCAAAGGUGUGAAUGUUAAAAUCAGGUCUGACCUUACUGCAGAGCACUGGAUUUCUCCCUUCUGGAGCUCUCCAAGAGGAAGAUGCUGCCAGAAGUGCCACUGUUGAAGUCCCUCUGCCUGGGUGAGGGUUUGGAGGGGCUCUCCUGCCUCAGUCAGUGCAGAACUAUAACCUGGAGCACCGUGACACCUCUGAACAUGUUUCCUAAAAUGCAGUUUUCCUUGGAAUUCCUGGAUGUCUGAGGCUCUCUGGAGAGGAUGAAAAGAAACUUCAAGCUCUGUGAUUUUGAGGCUCACCCUAAUAAAUGCUUCCAGCUUUAUUUUUUGUCAA